AUGAAUUCUUUAACGGUUAUAAUCACCAUAAAAAUUAUGAAAAUUAUUGCAUCGAAAUUUCUCAUUAUUGUAAAUAAUUCAACGAGAAAUAUUUACAUAAUAAUUGACAGAGCCAUAAUGUGGCACUGUGCUGCUUGCAGUUCGAUAACAUCAAACUAUGAAACGAUUGAUGAACUCGAGACACAUAUUGCCAGUGAUCAUGUCAAUUAUUUGCCUUAUGAAUGUGAAAAAUGUAGAUAUUCGAAAUUUCCCACCGAAUAUGCCCUUAUGACACAUUGCACAAAAGACCAUGGCUUAAAAGAAUUUCAUGUAGAUUGA